GGAAAUGGGUGCAGGCAUAGUACAGAAAGCUCUCAACAGCUUGGGCAAAGGCUUCGACCUUGCCUCUGAUUUCCGUCUCAAAUUCUGCAAAGGUGAAGACCGUUUGGUUCUUCUCAACGAAACAGAGAGAACGGACCUCGCGAUUCCCGGUUUUGGACCCGUCUCCGAUGUCUCCGUCGAUGUCAAAUGCGAUAAAGGCGACCGCACUCGAUACCAGUCCGAUAUCCUCACCUUCGCACAAAUGUCAGAGUUCUUCAACCAGAAAAGUUCCAUUCCAGGGAAAAUUCCGUCGGGGUUUUUCAAUUCCAUGUUUGGGUUUGAUGGAAGUUCAUGGGCAACCGACGCAGCGAACACCAAGUGCUUGGCUCUUGAUGGCUAUUUCAUCGGUUUGUUCACCGUCCACAUUGACCGGUACCCUCUGGUUCUGUCCGAAGAAGUCCUUCAAGCCGUUCCUUCUUCCUGGGAUCCUCCUGCGCUCGCAAGAUUCAUUGAGAAGUAUGGAACUCACAUCAUUGUGGGACUUGGCGUUGGGGGUGAGGAUGUGGUGCUAGUUAGGCAAGAUGCGUCUUCUAAUUUGGACCCAUCAGAUCUCAAGAAGCACUUGGAUGAUCUUGGAGAUCAACUAUUCACUGGGACAUGCAAUUUCCUUCCAAAUGCUAAAGAGCACAAGUGCAAGGUACCACGGGCUUUUGAUGUUUUUGGUCCACAAACUGUUGCCUUCAAUAGUUGCUCAUCUAUUAGUUCAAAAGAUGGAAUUACUGUGAUAUGUUCUAAGAGGGGAGGGGAUACCCAAGUGAGCAACCACUGUGAAUGGCUUCUCACAGUGCCUGAUAAUCCGGAUGCUAUUCAGUUUAGCUUCAUUCCCAUCACUUCACUUCUUAAAAAUGCUCCUGGCAAAGGCUUCCUAUCGCAUGCCAUCAACCUCUACCUCCGAUAUAAGCCGCCUCUCUCAGAACUGCCAUACUUUCUUGAUUUCCAAGCAUAUAAAGUUUGGGCUCCCAUUCACAAUGAUCUGCCCCUUGGUCCAAUGGCAAAUAGAGCUACCCCCUCACCUUCUCUCAGCUUGAAUUUGAUAGGUCCUAAGCUGUAUGUAAACACUGCUAAGGUAAUAGUGGGGAAAAGGCCUAUUACAGGGAUGCGCCUGUUUCUCGAGGGCAUGAAAUGCAACAGAUUAGCUAUACACUUGCAACAUCUACUAAACACUCCAUUGAUGCUUGAGAACAAAAUACAGGACACAGCCAUAUGGUCAGAAGAAAUUAGUGAUGAAAGGUACUUCGAAGCUAUCAAUGGAAGAAAAUUUUCGCAUGUGUGCACGGCACCAGUGAAAUACAACCCUAGAUGGUGCUCCGGGAAAAAAGAUGUGGCCUUCAUUGUGACAGGGGCUCAGCUUCAUGUGAAGAAGCAUGACUCAAGGAGUGUCCUCCAUCUCAGGCUAUUAUUCUCUGAGGUGUCUCGUUCUGUUGUUGUACAGUCAAAUUGGACAAGAUCCUCCAGUGAGCUUUCCCAGAAGACUGGGAUUUUCUCAGCAAUAAGCACAUCAAUUUCUGGUAAUAAAGAUCAGAAAAAACCAGCAGUGGUUGUGGAUUCUGGCGUGUUCCCUACAGGACCUCCAGUUCCAGUACAAAAACAAAAGCUUCUAAAAUUUGUAGAUAUGUCACAGCUAUGCAGGGGCCCACAAGAUAGCCCCGGCCAUUGGUUGGCCACUGGAGCAAGAUUGGUCUUGGAAAAGGGUAAAAUAUGCUUAAGUGUCAAGUUCUCUUUGUUGAACACUGAUUCAUGAAAGUUGAAAGACAGAAAUCACCACAUAUACAUCCCAAAAGGGCUACAUUAUGUGUUCAUACUUCAGACUCUGUGCUGCUUGAUAGAGGUAGUUAAUAGGCUCAAUUAUACUUCACUUUUGUAACUAUAUGUAGCAUAAUACUGUGCAGCUCAAUGCCAUGUUGGCUUCAUACGUUGUAUUUAUUCUUUUAUUCUUUCGCACAAGCCGGGACAGUUUUAUACAAGAUUGUACAUUUUGGAAGAAAAAUAGCAUACAGAUUCUCGCAAAUCA